GACUUUGGAAUCUUUUUACUUUAUAGGAAAGUUGAAGAGUUUACAUUUAUUUACCCAUUUAUUUAUUUAUUAUGUAUUUAUGCCCUCAUUAUUAUGUUAUUAUAUAUGUUGUUUUUGAGAGUGGGAAGGAGCGAGGAGAGGGUGCUCGAGAGUUUCGCGGGAAGAAAACGGCGGCCUUUUCUUCGAACUUAUUUUCAGAAUGAAUGAUGAAAAAGGGUGUGUGUGGAUUUAUCCUCUUAUAUAUGUACUGCUAUUGAUGAAAGUUGAAGGCCUUUAUGUGGAUAUAACUUAUGUUCAGAGUGCUGUAGCCAAAGGAGCAGUUUGUUUGGAUGGGAGUCCACCUGCUUAUCAUUUAUCUCCAGGUUUUGGCUCAGGGGUAAAUAACUGGUUGAUUCACAUGGAGGGAGGGGGUUGGUGCAACAAUAUAACGACAUGUCUUUCACGCAAACGCACCCGUUUAGGCUCUUCAAAGCAAAUGUUGAAGAAGCUGCCUUUUUCUGGAAUUUUAAGCAGCGAGCCAGGAUGUAAUCCAGAUUUUUACAAUUGGAACAGGGUCAAAGUUCGUUACUGUGAUGGUUCAUCCUUUACUGGAGACGUCGAGAGAGUAGACCCUUCCACAAAUCUUCAUCAUAGAGGAGAAAGAGUAUGGACUGCUGUUAUGGAAGACUUGCUUGCGAAAGGAAUGAACACUGCACAAAAUGCACUUCUUUCUGGUUGCUCGGCUGGUGGAUUGACAUCCAUGCUGCACUGUGAUAAUUUCCAUUCACUUCUACCAAUUGGUGCAAGAGUGAAAUGUCUAUCAGAUGCUGGUUAUUUUAUCAACGUAAAGGACAUAGCUGGAGAGGACCACAUCCGAGCUUUUUUCCAUGAUGUGGUGACAACCCAUGGAUCAGCGAAGAAUUUGCCUUCUCCAUGCACUUCGAAUUUGGAACCAUCACUGUGUUUUUUCCCGCAAUAUACUGCACGUCUGAUCCAAACACCUCUAUUCAUUCUAAAUGCAGCUUAUGACUCAUGGCAGAUAAAGAACAUUUUAGCACCUGGUGUUGCUGAUCCUCAUGGUAGUUGGCAUGCCUGCAAGCUUGGUAUAGAGAAUUGUUCUUCAUCUCAGCUUGAAAUGAUGCAAGGAUUUAGAAAUGAGUUUCUGGCUGCACUUACAGAAGUUGGGAACUCAACAUCAAGCGGCUUGUUCAUAAAUUCGUGCUAUAUCCAUUGUCAAUCAGAGAGGCAGGAAACCUGGUUUAGAGCUGAUUCUCCCGUACUCGAAAAUACUCCAAUUGCAAAGGCAGUAGGAAACUGGUUUUACGAUAGAAGUCCUUUUCAGACGAUCGACUGUCCAUAUCCUUGCGAUACUUCGUGUCAACAUAUACCUGAACCAAAAUCAGAAGCAUAGCAAUUACAGAAUCCACAUGUACUGAUUUCAUUAUUCAUCAUGUUAUACUUGUUGCAUUGAUCAAGCUCGAAGAAAAAGCAACCAACCAAAAAAAAAAGGGGGUUCAUAUAUAGGGUAUAGAGUCUCGUAGAAUAAGUCAUAAAGGAAAUUAGCUCUUCAAUUGUGAUGCAUUCAUUCUUCAUUUAUAAUUCAUGUAUGGAGAUUAUA